AUGGUUAGAGAAACAAAAUUAUAUGAUCUCCUUGGUGUGACCCCUUCAGCGUCCGAUUCAGAGAUCAAGAAGGGGUAUAGGAAGAUGGCUUUGAAGUAUCAUCCGGACAAGCCCACGGGAAAUGAGGAGAAAUUCAAGCAGGUUGCCGAGGCAUUUCAGAUAUUAUCUGAUCCAGAUAAAAGAGAAGUCUACGAUCAAUACGGUUUAGAGGCGGCCCGUGGUAAUGCACCAGCAGGAAAUCCAUUUUCUGGCGGUGCUGGUGCCGGAGGUAUGCCUGGCGGUGGUACAUUCCACUUUUCUAGCAACGGUGGCCCAGGUGGCCAUUCCUUCACAAGUGCCGAUGCAUUUAAUAUUUUCAAUCAGUUCGGUGGAUUAGAUGAUCUAUUCGGCGGGCUUGGUGGAGGUUCAAGAGGAUCUAGUCGUGGAGGUUCACCAUUUGGUGGUGCUCAAUUUGCUAGCAGCUCAGGUGGGAUGCCGGGUGGUUUCUCAUCCUUUACAAACGGUGGUCAAUCAGGGUUUAGUGGAUCAUCCAUGCCUCGUCAGGCUCCAAGAGAACCUGAAGUUAUCGACUUGAAUGUUCCAUGUACUCUAGAACAAUUGUAUAAUGGCGGAGUGAAAAAGAUGAAGAUAAAGAGGAGAGGUCCUAGCGGUCAAUUAGAGUCUACCAUAAUCCCUAUUCAGUUAAGGGCUGGAUGGAAAGCAGGUACAAAGAUUACAUAUAAGGAUAUGGGUGAUUAUCAUAAUGGACAAAGGCAGACUGUGCGUUUCAUCAUUACUGAAAAGCCUGAUGCUAAUUUCACUAGAGAUGGUAAUGACUUGAAGACUGUUCUUAAAUUAUCAUUCAAGGAAUCACUCUUGGGCUUUGAUAAAGAAGUUACUACUAUAAGUGGACGCAGAAUUCGUGUUAGCAGGGCAGCCCCAACACAACCAGGUACUUCUACCACGUAUCCUGGCUUAGGUAUGCCAAUAUCGAAGAGGCCUGGUAACUUUGGCGACCUCAAGGUUCAAUUUGAUGUCGAUUAUCCGAUAUAUCUAAGUGAUUCCCAAAAGUCUGCCAUCCGCAACAAUUUUUGA